GGUAAAAAUACUACUCCCUCCGUCCCUGAGUGUUUGUCCACUUUCAUUUUUGCACACCAUCCAAUGCACUUCUUUAAUCCAUUUUAUCUUGUAAUUUGUAUAUUAAAAAAAUAUAAAAAUUAUAUAUUAAUAAUCUAUAUGUUAAGACGAAUCAAACAAGAUCACACAUGACUAUUUUUAGGCUUACACAUUGAGAGAAUUUGAUGAGUCAAAGUGUUCGAUACUCAUCCGCCUAGUUACCUAGGCCCCCCGGGUUCCAUAACCCAACAUUGGUGCUUUCAUUGAGAGUGUCGAACACAUCAAGCGUGCUCCAAAAAAUGGUUGCGUCAAGGAGAGUGACCAGAUCGUCUACCGCCAAUCUCGGCGACGGUCUCAGGAUGACCAUAACGGCGCCGACCGGCGCAGGUCCCGAUGAGCUGGACAUCAGCCUCAACGAUGUCGCCAGCCAAAACACCACUGAUCUGCGCCACCGCAUUCCCAGACGGCGAACGGCGAAGGUCGUGGGGUCGCAGGCGCCGAUGCAGCAGGUGCCCGCCCAGGGCGCCGGUGUGUUAACGCAGCCUCCUCCCAACGGGUUAGUCCGCGGGGGGAGCGUGGUGCUGCCCGGUGAUUUCAACUCACCGUUCUUCCAGUUUGGGGAGACCUCCGGUGCGAGGACCCCAGGUCCAGACCCUAGCGGUUUCUGGGCCAUGAUGAGGGCGAUGCUGUUCAAUCAACCCAUGACCGGUUUCCACAUGCCGGUCACGACGCCCCAGCCGACGUUCCAGCUUGGCGAACGUCGCGAGGUCCAGCAGAGCGCGGUGGAAAGCGCAGAGCUUUUCGCCCAACACUUGAAGAGUCUGAUGGCGGACCCUCGCCUGAAUCCUUUGGCCGGGGGACCCGAGAACAAGGAGCCGAGCCGAUCCCAGCAGCGGGACAACGGCAGGGGCCCAGAGCGCAGGCCCAACAAGAAGCAGGUCAACCGUCGAGACAAGGAGACGGCGAGCAAAUGCCGUGAACCCCUGAAGGAGGGGCAAGGUGAGAGUGAGUCGCACGUAUCUGUGUUUAGCCGAAUGCGAGUACCGGCCACGGAACGAUUGUAUGGCCGACGGAACACUUUCCUGCAGAGUGAAGCAGGGAAAAAUAGGAUGCCCUGCGAAGAACAGCACUGUGACCGACACAGAGAGGUCCACCCGGAAAGACAAAAUUCCCGGCUCGAGCAACCCGUUCAACAUCCGAUCUUGAGAGCGCCGCAAGCGACGCCCAUCGCGAUGGACGGAGGUACGGGCAGACCUGGGGACGAACGCAUUGACCUCCUCUUGCAGAGACUGGACGCCCUAGAGAGGAGGAACGGGGCAGGACAGGUGGCCGAACCCAUGUUCAGACUUCGUUCUCCUUUCUCCGAAAGAAUCCUAAGGGCACCACUACCGAGGAGCUUUCAGAUGCCGCCUAUACCAAGGUAUGACGGGACCACAGACCCGCAAGAACAUUUCAACCGAUACCAAACCCUCAUGAACGUGGUAACGUUCUCCGAGGAAGUCCUUUGUAGGUCGUUUCCCGCCACUCUAGAUGGGUUAGCGUCCGAGUGGUUCAAUGAGUUGCCUGAGGGGAAGAUCGACUCAUGGGAGAGGAUGAGGCCGAAGCAGAGGAGUUGGAGGCAAACAAGAAGACAGAAGAAGCAGGAAGGCUCGGUUCCAUCACGACAGCGAGAUCCACGAGACCGACGAUCGCAUGGAAAGGAGGUAUACGAAGAAGGAGGCGAGGACAGGAGACCUUAUCCUCCAAGAGGUCCCAAGUUGUUGUUCCCCGAUGAGCUCACGCCGCUCACACAUCCCGUAAGCGCCAUUCUGGAUUUCGCCGAGCAUCAGGGCUUGGUGGAGUACGAUCCGCGUUUUCCCCCGAUCUGCACUGUCAGGGAGGGCCCUUAUUGCAGGUUUCACAGAGCGGCCGGUCACGACACGGACGCGUGCAAGGUCCUGAAGAGAGAGAUCGAGAACUUGAUCCAAGCGGGAUACUUGCGACAAUUCGUCAAAAAGAAGAACACAUGGCGCAAGGACGAUGGGAAGAAGAACGGGGAUAAUCGAGGGAAGAAGCUGGCGGGAACUCAGCAGAAGAAGAGGAAGGAGAUAGGUCUCCCGAGUGACGAGGAAGAAGAAGACAACCCCAGACAGAAGAGGGUUGAGGAGAACAGAAUGAUCUAUGGUGGCAAUACCGGGGGAGACAGUGCCGAGCAAAGAAAGAAAUGGGUACACUCGGCUUACGUCGGAGACGUUCACAGCGCACCCGGACCAUCGAAAAUCACGAAGACAGAGCCCCUCCUAUUUGGUCCCAAGGACCUGCCAGAGAUCCCAUCACCCCACAGAGACGCUUUGGUCGUCAGGUGUGAGAUCAACGAGGUGGUAAUCCACCGAUCCUACGUUGACAAUGGGAGCUCGGUGAACAUCAUGUAUGUAAGGACAUUUGAGGAGCUGGGAUUAAAGAAGGAGCUCUUGAAGAGAGUAAGGACUCCCUUGUCCGGAUUCACAGGGGACAUCAUCGAUUCAGAGGGCCUAGUCGAGGUGAUGGUCACUUUCGGUGAUGGAGAGCAUAAGAGGACGAUCCCGGUGGAAUUUUUGGUGGUACGACUUCUGGGAUCCCAUAACCUGAUUUUGGGUCGGCCUGCACUGGAAGAUCUCGACUCCGUAACAUCGGUGAAGUAUUUGAGCAUGAAAUUCCCUACCGAUUCAGGAGUGGGAGUGUGCAGAGGAAACCAAAAGCUCGCUCGACUCUGCUACCAGAAGCAAACCAAGAAGAUGGACGCCCAGGAUCUCAGAGUGGACAGUAUCGCCUCGGCACUCUUGAAGGAAGAAGAAGGCCGCCCUCGGGCUGAGCCAGCCGAGGAUACGGAAGAUGUGGUGAUAAUGGGGGAGCAGCAGGAGAAAAAGAUCAAGCUCGGUAUUAACAUCAGUGCCGAGCUCCGAUCAAAAAUCAUACAGGUACUCAGGGAGAACUUUGUGGUCUUUGCAUGGAGUGUCGAGGAUAUGCCAGGAGUUAGCAAAUCCCUGAUCACCCACCGCCUCGUGGUCGGAUCGGAGGCAGAGCCCACAAAGCAGAGAAGGCGGCACUUGAGCAAGGACCGGAGAGAUUUCGUGAAGAAGGAGAGCAAGCAGGCUUCUAACCAUGCGGAGGAUCUGGCCCAGGUUUUUUCUAUUAUGCGCAAGUUCAAUUUACGUCUUAACCCCAAAAAAUGUGCAUUUGGUGUAGAAGGUGGAAAGUUCCUGGGAUACCUCGUGAGCCGACGAGGUAUUGAGCCCAACCCCGAGAAGGUCAAGGCGAUCCUCGACAUGGAGGCCCCCCGUUCCAUAAAAGAAGUACAGCGCCUGACGGGGAAGAUGGCUGCACUCGGCCGAUUUUUGUCAAAAUCCGCCGAGAAGAGUAUUCCUUUCUUCGGCACACUGAAGAAGGUCCCACAAUUCCAAUGGACACCCGAAUGCCAGGCGGCAUUCGAAGAACUGAAGAAGUAUUUGCUAACCCCGCAGGUAUUAGCGAAGCCGGUUAGGGGCGAGAAGCUGUACCUUUACUUGGGAGUUAGCCCAGGGGCCAUAAGCUCCGUCUUGUUGAGAGAGGAAGGGGACACUCAGCGCCCUAUCUAUUAUGUUAGCAGAACCUUGAGGGAUGCCGAGCUCAGAUACUCGGUGGUGGAAAAAACAAUCUUGGCCGUUGUUAACACGGUCAAGAAGCUGAACCAUUACUUCCAAGCCCACGAAGUGGAAGUAAGGAGUCAUCAACCUCUGGGCAUCAUCAUCAGGAAUCCGACGGCCUCUAACAGGGUCAUCAAGUGGUCUGUCUAUCUGAGUCAAUAUCAGAUAGAGAUGAAGCCGAGGGCAGCAAUCAAAGCCCAGGCCUUGGCCGAUUUCAUGGUAGAAUGUACUGCACGUGACAACAACCCCAUACCCGUGGCGGAGCAGGGAGAAUGGUGGACUUUAUCUACUGAUGGAUCGUCAGCUGCAAAGGCUUGCGGUGGGGGCGUGGUAAUCCAAUCACCGGAAGGAUUCCGCUCCUAUCAUGCAAUAAAAUUCCAGUUCAAGUUGUCCAACAACGAAGCCGAGUAUGAAGCAUUACUGAGCGGACUGAGGCUCAUCCUCAACCUAAAGGCCGAAUACGUUAGGAUCAGGUGCGAUUCGCGCCUGGUCGUCAGUCAAAUCAAAGGGGAGUUCGACACCAAGGAGGAACGGAUGCGCCUAUACAAGGAGGCAGCCUUAGAGUUGCUCAAAAUCCUCAAAGGAUACGAGCUUGUGCAGAUCCCAAGGGCGGAAAACACCGAGGCUGACGUUCUCUCCAAAUUGAGCAACGAAAGCCCCGAACAUAUCUCCAAAAUGGCUCGCAUUGAAGACCUGGGAACCCCAAGCAUCCACGUACAGCUCAUCUCUGUUGUCACCGAAGAGGCCAUCGGCUGGAUCGCGGAGUUAAUCCGGUACAAGAAGGAUGGGAUUCUCCCUGGCGAUGAGACGACGGCCCGUUUGAUCAAACGGAGGGCGCCGACAGCGGGGCAAAUCAUGGAAGAAGUGCAUGAAGGAGUAUGCGCAGCACAUCAAGGUCCUUUCUCCAUGGCAAGACGCAUUGUCCUGCAGGGAUACUUCUGGCCGACCAUGGUGAAGGACUGUGCCAAGCGCGCCAAGCGUUGCAAAGUAUGCCAAGUUUUUCAGAACAUUCCGGGUAGACCAGGAACCAGCUAUCAUCCUAUCAGCUCCUCGAUUCCCUUUGCUCAUUGGGGAAUAGACUUGAUCGGAUUGAUGCCGAGGGCACCCGGGGAAACACCGUUUUCCAUGUGCUACGGUCUGGAAGCAAGAGCACCCUCGGAAGUGUUCAUUCCAACAUGGAGAGAGGAGAACUAUGAAGCCAAGGAGAACGAAGAAACCAUGGCGGCCGAUCUCAACUUCGUUGAAGAACGCCGGGAGCAGGCUUUCCUCAAAGCAGAAAAUUACCGAAGGCAAGUAAAAGAAUACUACGACCGCAAAGUCAGAGCAAGGGAAUUCCGAAUAGGGGAUUUGGUACUCAGGAAAAGGGAAGCCAGUCAGCCUACAGAAGGAGGAAAGUUUGCCAAAAGCUACGAAGGACCAUACAAGGUCACAGCCGUGCUCAGGCCUGGCACCUACAAGCUCGCCACGCUCGAAGGGCGCGAACUCGGCAGGCACUGGAAUACGCACAAUCUCAUUUAUUUUUACAUGUAAGGCACUGAGAACCGUAACCAGUCGGCCUCGGUAGCUUAAAAUAAAAAUCUCCUCUUCAAUGAAGUACUCGCUCCCACGCGAAUUCUGUUUUGCUUCAAGCAAUUUUUAAACGCUGCUUAGCGAUAUCGGGCUCUCACGCCACGAUUUUUUAUGGCCUCACGCGGUCUCUCGCUCUACGCGAACUAAGACCCUUUGUG